AUGUCGAAGCCCACCCUUUACACAUUCAACCUCUCCGUCUGGUCGGCGGUUGCGGAUAUCGCUCGCGUCGAGCUCAAGCUCACCGACAAGAUCGACGCGAAGGACGUCAAUAUUCGCGAGGGCGAGGAUAUCUCGCCUGACUUUAUCAAGAUCAGCCGCAAUGCAACGCUCCCCGCUCUACACGUGGACGGGAAGACAUACGGUACCACCAUCGAAUGCAUCGAGUACAUGGUCAAGGUCUCGGGUACCAAGGUCGCUCCCGCUCCGGACUUGACCACCAAGAUCCAUGAUGACAGUCUUGACCCGAACUUCAUGCUCCUCGCCGCAAGCAACGACGCCGAGCUCUCUGCAAAAGCCAACGGUCCUCCCCGCACAUUCGUCUCCACGCGUCUCGACAAGAUGCGGGAGUACGCCGCGUCGACUGAAGGCGCGUCGUUCAAGUCGUUCUACGAGAAGCGCAUCCAAGGUCUCGCCGGCGUACUCGCGGUAUACGACGGUACAGCCCCCGCCGAGGCCAAGAAGGCCUUCUUCGCCAAAUCGCAGGCCAACCACGACGCCGCGCGCGCUUUCAUCCUCGAAACGCUGCCGGCGGCUAUCAGCUCGGGUCCGUUCGUGGCAGGCGCUGAGCAGGGCGUCGACGACUUCCACGUCGCGGGCUGGUUGGCCCGUGUCGCGACUUGUGCUGGCGCGAAGCAUGUUGAUGAGGGGUUGGCAAAGAUUGGAGAGAGGAUCGGGGAGGAGGUUCCGGGGGAGGUGAGGGUGCUGUGGGAGGCUUGGACGGGGAGGGAGGGGUGGAAGAGGACGUACCCGGACGGCGCGUUGCAUUAG